CACCUUCCCCCGCCAAGUCGAGGUGUCUUUUGCUUGUUUGGAAGAGAAACGAGGAGGCACAACAGCCUAAAAUAAAUUCACCAGAAUGACACCUUCUCAGGUUACUUUUGAAAUAAGAGGAACUCUUUUACCAGGAGAAGUUUUUGCAAUAUGUGGAAGCUGUGAUGCUUUGGGAAACUGGAAUCCCCAAAAUGCUGUGGCUCUGCUUCCAGAGAAUGAGACAGGUGAAAGCAUGUUAUGGAAAGCAACCAUUGUACUCAGUAGAGGCGUGUCAGUUCAGUAUCGCUACUUCAAAGGGUGCUUUUUAGAACCAAAGACUAUCGGUGGUCCAUGUCAAGUCAUAGUUCACAAGUGGGAGACUCAUCUACAGCCACGAUCAAUAACCCCUUUAGAAAGUGAAAUUGUUAUUGAUGAUGGACAAUUUGGAAUCCACAAUGGUGUUGAAACUCUGGAUUCUGGAUGGCUGACGUGUCAGACUGAAAUAAGAUUGCGUUUGCAUUAUUCUGAAAAGCCUCCUGUCUCAAUAACUAAGAAAAAGUUAAAAAAGUCUAGAUUUAGAGUAAAGCUGACAUUGGAGGGUCUGGAGGAAGACGAUGAUGACAGGGUAUCUCCCACUGUUCUUCACAAAAUGUCCAACAGCUUAGAGAUCUCCUUAAUAAGUGACAAUGAGUUCAAAUGCAGGCAUUCGCAGCCCGAGUGUGGGUAUGGCUUACAGCCUGAUCGUUGGACAGAAUAUAGCAUACAGACCAUGGAGCCUGACAACCUGGAACUCAUCUUCGAUUUUUUUGAGGAAGAUCUCAGUGAACACGUAGUUCAAGGCGAUACCCUUCCCGGGCACGUGGGCACAGCAUGUCUCCUGUCAUCCACCAUCGCAGAGAGUGGGAAAAGCGCUGGAAUCCUUACUCUUCCCAUCAUGAGCAGGAAUUCCCGGAAGACGAUAGGCAAAGUGAGAGUUGACUAUAUAAUUAUUAAGCCAUUGCCAGGAUACAACUGUGACAUGAAGUCUUCAUUUUCCAAGUAUUGGAAGCCAAGAACUCCAUUGGACGUUGGACAUCGGGGAGCAGGGAACUCCACAACAACUGCCCAGAUGGCAAAAGUUCAGGAAAAUACAAUUGCUUCUUUAAGAAAUGCUGCUAGUCAUGGUGCAGCCUUUGUAGAAUUUGAUGUACACCUUUCAAAGGACUUCGUGCCUGUGGUAUAUCAUGAUCUCACCUGUUGUCUGACUAUGAAAAAGAAAUUUGAUGCUGAUCCAGUUGAAUUAUUUGAAAUUCCAGUGAAGGAGCUAACAUUUGACCAACUCCAGUUAUUAAAGCUCGCUCAUGUGACUGCGCUAAAAUCUAAAGAUCGGAAAGAAUCUUUGGUUGCGGAGGAAAACUCGUUUUCUGAAAAUCAACCCUUUCCUUCUCUUAAAAUGGUUUUAGAGUCUUUGCCAGAAGAUGUAGGAUUUAACAUAGAAAUAAAAUGGAUCUGUCAACAAAGGGAUGGAAUGUGGGAUGGUAACUUAUCAACAUAUUUUGAUAUGAAUUUGUUUUUGGAUAUAAUUUUAAAAACUGUCCUAGAAAACUCUGGAAAGAGGAGAAUAGUGUUUUCUUCAUUUGAUGCUGACAUCUGCACAAUGGUUCGGCAAAAGCAGAACAAAUAUCCCAUAUUAUUUUUGACUCAAGGAAAAUCUGAUAUUUACCCUGAACUUAUGGACCUCAGAUCUCGGACAACCCCUAUUGCAAUGAGCUUUGCACAGUUUGAAAAUCUACUGGGUAUAAAUGCACACACUGAAGACCUGCUGAGAAACCCAUCCUAUAUUCAAGAGGCAAAAGCUAAGGGACUAGUCAUAUUCUGCUGGGGUGAUGAUACCAAUGAUCCUGAAAACCGAAGGAAAUUGAAGGAAUUUGGAGUCAAUGGUCUGAUUUAUGAUAGGAUAUAUGAUUGGAUGCCUGAACAGCCAAAUAUAUUUCAAGUGGAGCAGUUGGAACGCCUGAAGCAAGAACUGCCAGAGCUUAAGAGCUGCUUAUGCCCCACCGUUAGUCGCUUUGUCCCCUCAGCUAUGUGUGGGGAGCCUGACAUCCACGUAGAUGCCAACGGCAUGGAUAACGUGGAGAGCGUGUAGUGUGCGCUGCUCAGAGGCCGUCUAGGGCAUGCACCACUGUUCUGGGUAUCCCCGCGUCAUCAUCAAGCAUUGUUUAUCUAUGCCUUUUGGCUUUCUCAGUCCAAUGAAGCAAUAAUGAAGUAUUUUACUCUUUCACUACAGUUCUUGUAAGAAUUUCAAGUAUGCUAUUGAAAUCACUUGGCCAGGUAUAAUUACCAGUCAGUCUCUUCACAAUGAGAAAAUGUAUUGGUUGGUAAAUAAAUAUUUUAAACUAAAUAUGUAAACCUAUAAUGUUAAACAGAUGUUCAUUAGAAGUAUAGCACUUUGAAAUUAACUAUAUAAAUAUUCUUAUAUUUACACUUGGUAUAGCUUUUCAUUUGAUCAGGUCUGAAAUUUUUAUCACUUGAAGAAAAUGACUAUGCAUAAUUAUACCUGACCAUGAAAAAAAAAAAAAAGUACCUCAAAUGCAUGCAUUUGCACUGGUGAUUCCAACCGCACAAAUGCUUGUGCCAUCCGUGUACAUAGGUGUUUUUUUACAUGGAUUGACAUGCACAUAAACCAUUUUCAUUCAGUAUGAACCUUGGGGCUGUUGCCAUUUUUCCAUUUAACCAAACCAGCCUGGAGGUGAACCUUGAAACUUGUUUCAUAAGUCUUUCAAAAGGUGUUUUGCAUAAAUGUUAAAAUUUCAAAAUGCUGCAGGGUAAUUUAAUGUAUAAAAUGUUAUUAAGAAGUAUGUACUGCAUACUUAGGUAGAUCACAACAUACCAAUUUGAUUUAAUGCAUGCUUUAGGUUUCAAGCAUGAGAUUGUACAUGUUUACUGUUAAGUCCUUGCGUCUGUGGUGCUAGGUGAGUGUAAGAAGAUGUCAAGGACUGAAAAUAUUUUGUUGCCUAAAAGGACCGUUUGUAGGUAUUUUAAAUAGGCUUAUUUUAAGUGUCUCUCACAUUGUUGCUUUGUGGGUUUGGUGUGUGUGUGUGUGUGUGUGUGUGUGAGAGAGAGAGAGAGAGAGAGUUGUACAAUAUUUAAAUCUCCAUGCAGAAAAAUAAAUGUCCUGAAUUCUCAUACUGGUAUUCUUUAUUGGUUAUUGUAUAUCAUGCAUGUAAUUUAUUUAGAAAUGUAGGAGACCUUACUAAAUGUAAUGCAUGUUUUUAGGAUUAUACUAAGGUUUCUUUCUUUCGAAACAUUGUUUUGACAUAACUGUAACUUAAGAACGAAUGUUAAAUAAAAUGACACAGAUUUAUUUUCUUCAUUAUAAAAUGAAAGUUCAAGAAGGUAUUACUUUUAGAGAAUGACUUUAUAAUAUUAUUAUGAGAAAUUGAAAUUUAGCAUCUACCCUAAAGGGAUAUGUUUGCAUCUACCUUUUACUGCAUGUUCUUUGUGAAACAGAGGCAGUUUAUUCAUUAUUGACAUAUUUAGGUAGUGGCUGAGAACCUAAGAACUUGAAAUUACCUGUUGUAUCUUUUCUUAUUUUUUUUAAGCUAAGCAAUGCAAUUUUGACCAGAUCGUAAUUGUGUGAUGAUAGGCUCUGAAAUCCUAUGAUAUUUAUUUAUAACACUGAUAUUUAAUGGAAAAUAGUUUAGAAAAUGAAUCUUCUACAAGGGUUCUAUAUAGUUUUCCAACACUGAAUGAGAUUUUCCAGCACUUUGAUGUGAUUUGGGCACCUUUAGAAAACUACGAAAGAAUUAAUUUUUAACUCUUAUGUUACGGUGACUUGAUUCGCCAUACGUGUGCUUUUCUGUCCUGCCCAUUUGCUCUUCCCUUGUGCCUUUCUAGUUCUAGCUCCGGGGGCAGAGGGAGAGCAAUUGUAAA